GCUUAUUUUUUAGAAUACGAUUUGUAUGUAUCUUGCUAGUUUUCAUAGCAAAACACGAAGUACUUGUAAAUGAUGACAUAUGAAUCUCGACUAUUAUGACGCGGCUUUGCUGCAUUACCACGUGUGAGUGUAGUCAGUCGUCGCGCGUGAGUGGUGUUUUUAUUGUUUUUUGGUGGUCAUGGUGGUUAUUUCAUUGCAAUUUCUUUGAAGGGUAUCUCCUGUAUCUGUUUCAUUUUGAGUGCAGGGCCUUUGCAGGCCUUCCGUAAUCCGUUGUUACCGAGUACCAGUACAAGUACAGAAUGGACGCCGAACCAACGCAGAAAACGAGGGAUCUUGAUUUGGAUUUAAAGAUGGAUCAGCAACAGCAUGUGUCUGAACUACUGCCGCUCAUGCGGGCUGCGUCAACGUCACCAGGAGAACCAAAGUGGUCUCGGAAGGGCUCUCCGGACAGCGACGAGGAAUGGGGCCCGUCACAGUGUGUGAGGAAGUCCCAGAGGCUGAGGGACUCUACUCCCAUAGACAGUGGCUCUGAGAGCGACUUUCGGCCAGUUGUGAAGGAGGAGAUAAAGAUUGAAGUUACUUCACCAAGGGUUGAGCGGCCGUCGUCUCCCUCGGUGUCCGACGACGAUCCUUUCUCGGACCGCGCUCUGCAUUCUUUAGUGAAGGAGGAAAAGUACCGACCUCGAUCACCGUCACCGUCUGAGGACUUCAUCGGGUUCACUGAGGUGGACCGGGACAGGACGUCAAAGCCCGUUCCGCGGGGCUCUGAGCUGCUGGUGUACUACGGAGACGACUCGGCCCGGGAACUGACCGUCCACUCGGAGACAUCUGGGGAGUCUGUGACUUCCUCUCCGGCCGGACCUUCAUCUUCAGGUAUUGGUGGUACACUUCGGUGUCCCCACUGCGGCUUCCGAUGUCUGGGACAACAACGUCUGGACAGACACGUGAAGAGAAGUCAUGGUCACGUCGACAGGAACGGCAGAUUCAAGUGCGAAUGGUGUCAGUACUCGACCGACAAGUCCAGCGACAUGAAACGCCAUCAAAGGACUCACACUGGGGAGCGGCCGCACCGCUGUGAUAUCUGUACGGCACGGUUCAUUUUACGGUCACACCUCACGGCACACAUGCUGACUCACACUGGGGAAAGGCCGUUCGGCUGCUCUGUCUGUACGGCACGGUUCACUACACGCUCCGCCCUCACUACACACAUGCGGACCCACACGGGGGAGCGGCCUUACGACUGCUCACACUGCACGGCCCGGUUCACUCAACGGUUCAACCUCACUCAACACAUGCGGACCCACACUGGGGAGAGGCCGUACGGCUGCUCCAUAUGCACGGCACGGUUCUCUCAACAGUUUACCCUAACAAAACACAUGCGUAUCCACACGGGGGAACGGCCGUAUGGCUGCUCCAUCUGCACGGCACGGUUCACUCAACGGGUCAGCCUCACUAAACACAUGCGAACCCACACUGGGGAGCGGCCGUACAGCUGCUCCUUAUGCACGGCACGGUUCGCUUUACGGUCUCACCUCACCACACACAUGCGGACCCACACGGGGGAGCGGCCGUACGACUGCUCCUUCUGCAAGGCACGGUUCACUGAACGAUCAACCCUCACUAAACACAUGCGGACCCACACUGGGGAGCGGCCGUACGACUGCUCCAUCUGCAAGGCACGGUUCACUGAACGAUCAACCCUCACUAAACACAUGCGAACCCACACUGGGGAGCGGCCGUACGACUGCUCCAUAUGCACGGCACGGUUCUCUCAACAGUUUACCCUAACACAACACAUGCGUAUCCACACUGGGGAGCGGCCGUACGACUGCUCCAUCUGCAAGGCACGGUUCACUGAACGGUCAACCCUCACUAAACACAUGCGGACCCACACUGGGGAGCGGCCGUACGGCUGCUCCAUAUGCACGGCACGGUUCUCUCAACAGUUUGCCCUAACAAAACACAUGCGGAUCCACACGGGGGAACGGCCGUAUGGCUGCUCCAUCUGCACGGCACGGUUCACUCAACGGGUCAGCCUCACUAACCACUUGCGGACCCACACUGGGGAGCGGCCGUACGGCUGCUCUUUGUGCACGGCAUGUUUCGCUCGACGAUCACACCUCACCAAACACAUGCGUACCCAUGCGAAGUACAACCGCACUGAUGCCACUUCUGUCUAACGGUUCGGCAGUUUGACUCACAAAAGUCAGUUUUAACUGGUACAUAGUUUUGAGGAUCACACAGGUAUGACCGAUGCUGUAAAUGGUUUGACUGUCGAAAUGCAAUGCUGAGACGCAUCGACAAAGGUAUGACCGGCCAUUGUUGUGCGUUUGAUCUUUGUGUUUUAUCUGUCCUGUGGUUGCCGUUUGUGAGGUCUCAGGUUUGUUGCUAAUCGUGUAACAUCACCCGGUUUCUGUAUGUCAAUACAGGUUGAUUAAGUA